AUGGCUGAGGAUAGAGUGCAAAGUUUUGUUGAUGGUCCCACACCAGAGCUGUUGGGGCAGUUGACUAAGGCUGAGUUAGUGGAAGCUGCUCGUCUUUUAGACAUUUCGGUUCGUCCUUCACUUAGAAAGGAUGAGAUUAAGGACUGCAUUCGUCAGUUUUUGGUCCAAACGGACAUUUGGUCAACUCGUGCUGAUUCUGAGGAGGAGGGGGAUGAUUCUGCGUCUUCUGAUGGAUCCCAUGAUUCUGAGUUAAAUCUAAAAACUCUGGAAGCACAGUUGAAAUUGAAGGAGCUUGAACUUCGUACAAAAGAGGUUGAGCUACAAAUGAAGAGCCUAGAUUUGAAAUCUAAGGAAUUGGAUGUGAGGAGUGGUGAUUCCUCUGUCAAGUUUGAUGCUUGUAGGUAUGUUAGGUUAGUUCCUAAGUUUGAUGAGAGUAAGGUAGAGGAGUUCUUUCAGCAUUUUGAGAAGGUAGCUGUCAAUUUAGGCUGGGAGAGAUCUGUCUGGCCAACUUUGGUACAGAGUGUGCUCAUCGGUAGGGCCCAGGAGGUUUAUGCCUCAUUGUCUGUGGAAGAGGGGGGUUGCUACGAGCAACUGAAGUCUUCUGUCUUGAGGGCUUAUGAAUUAGUGCCUGAGGCACAUAGGCAAGCAUUUCGCAAUACUAAAAAGGGUGAACGGGACACUUAUGUGGACCUGGUUCGUAAGAAGGUUGUUCAUUUUGAACGAUGGUUGUCCUCAACUGGUGUUAAUAGCUUUGAGAGUUUGAAGGAGCUUAUGUUGAGCGAGGAGUUGAAACGUUCGGUUUCACAUGAAUUAAGGCAGUACUUAGAGGAGCGUGAGGUAGUGAACGUUCAGAGGGCAGCAGUACUCUUGGAUGAAUAUGUCUUAACACAUAAGGUAGUUGAUAGGAGUAAACCUCAAGGGAAGGUUAAUCAGUCUGUUGGUAAGAAAGAUUAUUCAUGGCAAGAUGAGAGUCAAGGUAGUAACAAUACUGUCAAGAGUGGUAAUAGGCAAAAACCUGUUCCUGGUCCUUGUUAUUACUGUAAGCAAGAAGGACAUAGAAUGUCUGAGUGUAGUAAACUGAAGAAAAAGAGAGAGAAAGAGGGCUUUGGUGAGAGGAAAGUAGUUCCUAAUGCAUUAGCUAGUGUCAAGAGGGAGAAUAGAGCAGUGUCUGUAGGGUAUAAACCGUUUGUGACUGAAGGUUUUGUAAGUUUGUCAGGUAGUAGUGAGGAGGUUCCUAUCCGUAUUCUUCGGGAUACUGGGGCCACCCAGACUCUUCUCUUAGCUAAUGUUUUGCCUUUUUCUGAGGACUCGGCUGUUCAUUCAGAUGUGUUUGUAAGAGGGGUAGGUGGUGUAAUUCAGGUGCCUUUACAUAGUGUGAAUUUGAAGUCUGCUAUUGUGUCGGGUCAGGUGGAUGUUGGAGUUUCUCCUGCCUUACCGGUAGAAGGUGUGUCGUUGCUGUUAGGUAAUGAUCUUGCGGGUGAUAAGGUUUUGCCACAUCCAGUUAAAUCAAACAUUCCUGUGACUGAUGAGGAAACUGAAAGUUUGGUAAAAGAGAUGCCAGACGUGUUUUCCUCCUGUGUAUUGACUAGGUCUAUGGCUGCUAAGGAAAAACAGGAAAGGAAAAAUUCAGAGCAGGGUUUGAAAGAGACUAGUCCAGAUAUUGAUAAUUUGGGAGAUAGUUUUCUUGGUCAUUUGGAUGAUAACAGUGUGUUCUGUCAGGUAGAUGAUAGCAAAUCUGCUGAAGACGAUAGUGGAGUUAAUCAGGAUGGUGAAUCUGAUGUAGGACUUAAUAGGUUGUCUUUGAUCGAUGCUCAAGGCAAAGAUCCUGAGUUGGUUGGAAGUAUCAAUAGUGCUCUGUCUGAGGAGGAAGCUGUAAAUGAAAGCACAUGCUUUUACAUGAAGGAUGAUAUUCUCAUGAGGAGAUGGAGACCUCCAGAUGCAAGUCUUGAUGAAGAUUGGAGGGUUAUCCAUCAGGUUGUGGUGCCUAAGGUCUUUCGUAGGCAGAUUUUGAAAGUUUCACAUGAAACUGGUCUUGGUGGACACCUUGGUGUCAAUAAGACUGUUAACAGAAUUCUGAAACAUUUCUUUUGGCCAGGGCUGCGGAGUGAUGUUAGUGAAUUUUGUAGGGCAUGUCAUGCGUGCCAAGUUGUUGGCAAACCCAACCAGAAGAUUCCGCCGGCGCCAUUACGGCCCAUCCCGGCAUUUGAUGAGCCAUUUUCAACAAUUAUUGUUGAUUGUGUUGGUCCACUGCCUAAGACUAAGGCUGGACAUGAGUAUCUCUUGACUAUGAUGUGUGCAGCAACCAGAUUUCCCGAGGCAGUGCCACUUCGUAGAAUAACGGCUCAGAAUGUUUGCAAAGCACUGGUGAAGUUCUUUUCGUUGGUAGGAUUACCAAGGAUUAUUCAGAGUGAUCAAGGCUCUAAUUUCACUUCCAAGUUGUUCAGACAAGUGAUGUCGCAGUUGGGAAUUCGAUGCGUGAAUUCGAGUGCCUAUCAUCCUGAGAGCCAAGGGGCAUUGGAAAGGUUUCAUCAAACCUUGAAGAACAUGAUGAGAACUUAUUGUUUUCAGUGUGAGAAAGAGUGGGACGAGGGACUACCCUUACUCUUGUUUGCAGUUCGGGAGUCUGUGCAAGACUCAUUAGGAUUUAGUCCAUUUGACUUGGUAUUUGGCCACACUGUUCGUGGGCCUUUAUUGGUGUUGAAAGAGAAGAUGCUUGAAUCGGAUGAGAAGUGUGGAUUACUAGAUUAUGUAUCUCGGUUCCGAGAAAGGUUGUCUUAUUCAAGAGAACUUGCUAUGCAGCACAUGAAGACUGCUCAGGCAGACAUGAAGAAAGUGUUUGAUCGCAAAGCUAAGGAGAGAAUAUUUGAUCCCGGUUCUAAGGUGUUAGUGCUCUUGCCAAUUCCAGGUAAUUGUUUGCAGGCUCGGUACUCUGGUCCAUAUGUUGUGGAGGAGAAAGUGAGUGAGGUGAACUAUGUAAUUCGCACUCCGGAUAAGAGAAAACAGAAACGUCUUUGUCACAUUAACUUGUUGAAAGAGUAUGUAGAGAGCAAUGAGGAUUGUAAAGCGAAGUCGGUUGCGAGUGUUGGUGUUGCUUGUGGUGGGAAUGAUACUGUUGACGUACAAAAGGAAGUUGGUCUUUCCUUGCCUGAAGUUAAGCUUGAGAAUUCUGAAGUUCUGGAGAAUUUUGGUGAAAGGUUGAAUUAUCUUCCAGUGAGUGAGAGAGAGUCGUUGCAGGAGUUGAUUUCCGAAUACAGUCAUUUGUUUGGUGAUGUUCCCAGUAGAACCACUCUCGUAGAACAUGAUGUUGAUGUCGGGGAGUGUACCCCAAUUAAGCAACAUCCGUAUAGGUUGAAUCCGUCAAAGUUGGAAAUUCUCAGGAAGGAAGUUAACUACAUGAUUGUCAAUGACAUUAUUGAGCCAAGUAGUAGUCAGUGGAGUUCUCCUUGUGUCUUAGUACCAAAGAAGGAUGGUAGUUAUAGGUUCUGUACAGACUAUAGAUCUCUUAAAAGGAUACUGGCAAGUGCCCCUGUCACCAAGGGCACGAGAGCUGUCCGCUUUCGUUACACCAGAUGGUCUCUACCAAUAUAA